AAACGAGCUUAAGGUGGACUCUAUCGACCGAAACUUUGGAUAUUGUCAUCAUGCUCUCAAGAAGGAUAGUUUUUCCGCUGAUUCUCAUCUCUAUUAUCCAGGAAUCUCUCUCGUUCUACGGAUAUUACGACUACGGAUACAAAACGCUCAGUGGUCCCAGGUAUAAAUACAGAGCUUACAAAGAAGUGGAUUAUGGUUACGGCCACGGUGGCGGCGGAUACGGCCAUAGUGGUGGCGGAUACGGCCACGGUGGCGGCGGAUACGGCCAUAGUGGUGGCGGAUACGGCCAUAGUGGUGGCGGAUACGGCCAUAGCAGUGGCGGAUACGGCCAUAGUGGCGGCGGAUACGGUCAUGAUGAUGGAUAUGGCCAUGAUGAUGGAUAUGGCCAUGAUCACGGUGGCUAUGGGCACGACCACAAAGGCUACGGCCACGACCAUGGAGGAUACGGCCAUGAUCAUGGUGGGUACGGGCACGACCACGGAGGAGGGUAUGGCCACGACCACGGAGGCUACGGCCACGACCACGGGAAUAGCUACGGCUAUCAUAAGCGAUAAGGUGAGGUUUGACAGAAGCCCGCAACAACCCUGGGGGCUAAUUAAGGGGGUUAAUUUCCCCCCUUAAUAAUUCAGAAUUAUUCACUUAUGGUAAAAGAUUGUUCAAUCUUCUUCCAUUUCUUCAACUUUUUUUUUCUUUGGACAUCAGGUAAUUAAAGCAUCGUUUGCCCAUACCAGAGUCGUAUACAUGUUUCAAAGGAAUUCGUAAAAGCAUGUAAAGCCCGGAUUUCUACGUAGUCUGUGUUUAAUACGGGAUCUUAUAUGAAUAAAAAUAAUUAUUUUUCUGAUAUAUUUUUCAAUUAUGUUAAAUAUGGGUUUUUAUACUAAGAAAAAUAAUAAAUUUUCUAAUAUAUUUUCUAUUUUGAAUAUGGGAUUUUUAUAUUAAGAAAAAUCAUAUUUCUGAUGUAUUUCCUAUCUAUGUUGAUUAUGAGAUUUUAUACUCAGAAAGAUAAUUAUUUUCUAAUAUAUUUUCUAUCUAAGUUGAAUAUGGGAUUUUUUAUCCUAAGAAAAACAUUUUCCAGGUAUAUUUUCUAUCUAUGAUGAAUCUCAGUUUUUAUACUAAGAAAAACCAUUAUUUUCCUUUAUGUAUUUCCAACCUAUGAUGAAUCUGAGAUUUUAUACAAAUAGAAAAACAUUAUUUUUAUAAUAUAUUUUCGAUCUAUGUUAAACAUGGG